GGAAAACACAAUACAUUUUAGCUAUGUAGCAAUGGCAAAAGCUGCGUACCUGUCGAGGUCAGAUUUGGACUCAUCAUCUGGAAGCGAUUUGUCAGUUUCUAGCCGAACUUCUAACAGAAGUUUGCGAGUGUUGGAGAAAGAAAGAAGAAAGAACGAGGCUGGGGAUCCAUUUCUGCUUGCGCUGAAGUACUUCUCAGAAGGUAGCUAUAUAGGAAGCUAUCGUUAGCUAGCUAGCAUAUAACUACUAAUGCUUGUAGAAGUCAAACGUAACUAAUAUUUUAGCUACUUUUUAAACUCCAACGUGAACUAAUUGCCCGUAAUGGCAGAACAGGUUAUUUUCUGUCAAAAUAUGUAAACUUUCAAGCCCGCUCAGCCUUCUUGUGUUGGAAACACCCUUUUACUGUAACUUAUUUUGCUACCUAGCGAGCUAGCCGGUUUACAAGCUAAUGCAUAACGAGUGUGGGCGGGGUAACGUUAUGGCUAGACAUGCCUGAAGUACAUGCACAAUUUGCUAGUCAUCAUUUAACUAGAAAGUACAACGGAUGCAUAUAACUAAUCCACAAACAGAGGAGACAGCCUACAGAAAUUAAUAAGAAAUGGUUAGAAGCAUGUGACUGGAAAUGUUACAGCAGGAUGUUACUAGCUAACAUUGUUUGUUAUGAAAACUACUGUAUACAUUGGAAUUGAAUUGCUAACUAAAAGUAACCAACUAGCUAACGUUAACUACUGUAGUUAAAGGGCAUCCACCAGUGUCUGGAUUCACAGUGAGUUGUCUGUUUGUUUCAUAGUGGAGGCGGGUACCCCAUGCUUAGGGAACCAUGUGCUGGAGAGGAACCUGGUGCUGGUGGAGAGAGUGGGGCUCAGUCGAGGACUCCCUCCUGAGGCGAUCUCUGUCAUGCUGGACUACGCAAUGAGCCUCCGUAUGGGUACGACAACAACCAACAAUCACUCAGUGUUGUGAUGCAAAAAUUCUAGCAAAAUGUAUAGCGCAUAGAAUUAAAAAGGUAUUGUCGGACAUUAUUCAUUCUAAUAAUGGACAGGUUUUUUUUACAUGGGAAAUACAUUGGAGAUAAUAUAAGGCAAGUACUGGAAACAAUAGAACACUAUGGAAAAUCUGGGAAACCAGGCCUACUAUUCAUAGCAGACUUCGAAAAGGCAUUUGAUAAAGUACGACUGGGGUUUAUAUAUAAAUGCCUGGAGCAUUUCAAUUUUGGACAAUCUCUUAUAAAUUGGGUUAAAAUCAUGUAUAGUAACUCUAGGUGUAAAAUAGUAAAUAAUGGCAUUUUCUCAGAACGUUUUAAACUGUCAAGAGGAGUGAAACAAGGUUGUCCACUAUCGUCAUAUCUAUUUAUUAUUGCCAUCGAGAUGUUAGCUAUUAAAAUCAGAUCCAACAAUAUUAUCAAGGGAUUAGAAAUCCAGGGUUUAAAAACAAAGGUGUCAUUGUACGCUGAUGAAUCAUGUUUUCUUUUAACUCCACAACUUGAAUCCCUCCACAGCCUCAUAGAGGAUCUAGAUACAUUUUCAAACCUCUCUGGAUUACAACCAAAUUAUGAUAAAUGUACUAUAUUACGUAUUGGAUCACUAAAAAAUAUUUUUUUUACAUUAGCUUUAUUAUUAUUUUGUCAUUUAGCAGACACUCUUAUCCAGAGCAAUUUACAGGACCAAUUAGGGUUAAGUGCCUUGCUUAAGGGCACAUCGACAGAUUUUUCACCUAGUCGGCUUGGGGAUUAGAACCAGUGACCUUUCGGUUACUGGCUCAAUGCUCUUACCCACUAAGCUACCUGCCGCCCCAGUGGGAGAACUUGCACAAUUGGUGGUUUUACAUUACCUUGUAGUUUACCAAUAAAAUGGUCUGAUGGUGACAUGGAUAUACUCGGAAUACAUAUCCCAAAUGAAAUAAAUGAUCUCACGCCAAUACAUUUUAAUAGAAAGUUAGCAAAAAUAGAUACGAUCUUGCUAAUAUGGAAAGGUAAAUACCUGUCAAUUUGUGGAAAAAUUAUCCUGAUUAACUCUUUAGUAUUAUCCCAGUUUACCUAUUUGCUUAUGGUCUUGCCUACGCCUAGCGAAAGCUAAAAGCUUCAGUCAUACAAAAAUUAUACUUAAAUCCGAACUGGUUACCUAGCAAACUAGUAAGAUUGUCUCACCUAAUGUUCAAGAAGGGACUUUUUCCCUUUAUUCAGAUUACAACCCCUCACUUUCAGGUAUUUGAAAAGGAAAUAAUCUCCCAAAUAUCACUAUUUCUAAAACAAGCCAUAGAAAGUUGGUUGCAAUUUCAAUUUAGUCCUCCAGAAAUGACAGAACAAAUAUUGCAACAAAUAUUGUGGUUAAACUCAAAUAUACUAAUUGAUAAAAAAAAAAAAAGUUCUUUUUUGAAAAAAGAAAUUAUAAUCUUCGUAAAUGACAUUAUCGGUAGGAAUGGUGGAGUUAUGUCGCACAUGCAGCUAACAAAAACAUAUGGAAAUGUCUGCUCUACCCAAAAUUACAACCAAAUAAUUGCAGCAUUACUGCAAAAAUGGAAGAGGAAAGUGGAAGGAGGAAAAAGUAAGGAACUUGUCUGUCGGCCUUGCAUUAAAGAACAUAAUUGGUUAAAGAAAAUUGGGAUAAAUAAAAAAGUUUACCAGUUUCAUUUAAGGACCAAAAGAUUGACAGCCGUCCCAUAUAGAUUGCAAAAUAGUUGGGAAGAGAUUAGCAAAAAUGUUUAUUUUCAAUUCACAAACUGUAGAAACAAUGAGAAUAGAAAGGUUCAGAACUUUUGUAAAACAUCACAGUACAGUUGAAAAAUAUAUGGCAAAUAUAAAUCCAAUAUGGAUGGUGUUAAGAGAUAGAUGUGAGGUGUUGAAUGGAGCUGAAGGAUGGGACUAAUAACAACAACUAAUAACAACAAGAUAACUAGUGUAAGACAUACUGUGUCCAUAAUAAGUAUAUAGGUUAUAUAUUGUGAGCUUUUGUGAAAGAGCACAGUUAGAAAGAUAUGGCAUAUAGAAGCAUACCUGAUGGACAUCAUGAAAAUGAUCGGAGGAAGUUCAGGAGUAAAAACAAACAAAAUAUAAUUAUUGACUGUGUCCAUAAAAUGUAUAUAGUAUGUAUAAGGAUGAAGUAGAGGCCUAAGCAUUGUUGUUCACUAGUUUACUCCAAUUAAGGAAGGGAUGGUGGGGUUGGAAAGAUGUAUGUAUAUGUGUGUGUGUGUGUAUGUGUAUAUAUAUAUAUAUAUAUAUAUAUAUAUAUAUGUAUAUGUAUAUGUAUAUAAGAAAAAAAACAUAUGCAAGAAAAAAAACAUAUGGGGGAUUGGAAGUGAUGCAGACAAUUACAUUGAUGGAAGUUACAAUCUAUCUGCCAAAUUAAAGCUGAUCUACCCCCUAAAAACAAAAAAGAAUCACUCAGUGGAAACUGCAGCCAUUUGCUUAGACAGACUGACCUGAAAUAGCAAUUUACACUAUGACAAAUUCAUUUGACCAUACAUAACAUUUCAGCGCUCUGCUCUUUUUCAUGCCCUGAACAGGAGGUGUGACGUGUGUUCGGGUCCUGAAGUUUCUGAUCCCCGCCACCGUGGUGCCACAGGAGGCCGUUGUUCGAGCUGUGGCGUGGUUAUGCGUCAGCAAGAUAGCCAUCAGCACACAGGUAAAGAGCUCCUCUUUCAAAGGUCUUUACAAGUCACAGAUUUAAAUGUUGACACUGAAGACCAAACAUUACAAAACAAUUGUUAUCAGAAUUGCUCUGUCCACUUUCCCUCUAACUGCUUGAAACUGGUGUUAUGGGUGUUUUCCAGGUUAUUUUCCUUCGGUGGGUGCUGACUGUUUUCGACAUGAUCGACUCCAAGGACAAUCUUCGAGCCAUCUAUGGCUUCAUCUUCAACUUUGUGACAGAGGAGAAUUUGGUAUGUGCAGGAGUCAUAUUCCCCCUUGCUCUAAUGAUAUCAAUGAAUGUCUUGAGUGUUUACAUUGGCAUUGCUUUGCUGUUUAAGUAAUGAUGGAUUUGUUUUGUGUUUCAGUCUCCUUACAUCUGCCAUUUGCUCUACCUUUUGACAAGGAGGGAGAGUGGUAAGUGGCUUUUUGUUAGUCAAUGAACCUUUACGAUACGGUACACCAGGGUUCUUCAAUUCCGGUCCUGGAGGGCCGAAACACUUGUUUUUUUUUCUCUACCUGGUAGUUAAUUGCACUCACCUGGUGUCCCAGGUCUGAAUUAGCCCCUGAUUAGAAGGAGAGGAUGAAAACAGAGGUGUCUCGGCCCUCCAGGACCGGAAUUGAAGAACCCUGCGGUACACGUUGUUUCUGCAGCACAACAUUGCUCUUAUCCCUUUCUUGGUUUUUCCCUGUCAUAGUUCGGACAUUCCGAGUCAGAAAACUGUUGGACCUCCAAGCAAAAAAUGGUAUUGUCCUGUUUAAAUGUUUUUGGUCAAUGAUUGUAAUGUUUUAAUUAGGGCUGUCAAAUGAUUAAAAUUUUUAAUCAAAUUAAUCAGAAUUUUCAGUGGAUUAAUCAUGAUUAAUCACUAUUUGCAAUUACACCUGAAUCCUAACCAUUUUUUUUCUGAAAUGCAUACCAAAAGAUAAAUAACAGGACACAGAUACAUAAUUUUCAUAUUAUGUCUGUUUAUUAACACAGCCAAAUAAUGGUGUUUUAAAUCAAGCUGAAACAUACUACACACCAUAAUAUUUGUCUUUGUAAUGUUCCAUCACUUGGCCAAAGCAUUUACAAAGCCGCUGUCAGCAAGACUCACUGUGACACUUCUCUGCACCAUGUGAGCGACACAGUUCAUGUGUUCAUAGCGUGUAAGUCGAAUUGCGGCAACCAUGUUGCGUGCACUGUCAGUCCCAAUGGUUGUAGUCUUGCCCUCGAUGUCCCACUCACGUGCAACAGACAGGAACUGUUCUUUACAAGCCUCCGCAAAAUGACGCUCCUCAGUUUUUAAUAUAGUCAGCGCAAAAGACUUCAGUUCCCACGUGUCACUGAUUAAAUGUGCAGUUACUCCGAGGUAAUUGUUGUUACUCACUGAUGUCCAAUGGUCUCCUGUCAGGGCGAUAUGAUUUACUUGAGCCAAGACCUCUUUCCUUUUUUCUUUUUCGUUUUCAUAGAGCUCGUGGAUUUUCUUCAUAACUGUGGCUCUUGACGGUGGCUUAUAGAAUGAGUCUUGAGACGCCACUUGCAAAACAUCAAGGAAACCUGAGUCUUCUACAAUGCUAAUGGGUCUACAAUCCUUUGCAAUCCAUUUUGCUAUUGUGUUGGUCAAAUUAUCUGAGGUUGAUUUUGUUAAUUGCCUGCAAACAUUCAGCGUGGUCUGGCGCAAACCACUUGCUGAAUCUGACGGCCCAGCAAACGCAUGUUUGGCGUUGACAUGGUACUUCAAGCUUGAACAGCUCCGGUGAAAUUGAAACUCCUUCUUACAAAUCUUGCAAAUAACCUUGUACUUGUUAACUGUACCAUCAUCAUUCUUUUUAUAUUUGAAUCCGUCAAUAGGCUCACCUUGCUCCAUCUCGCCUCUAGCUCCCAACCACUUUCCUGACCUGAAUAAUUUGUCACACUGCGCAUGCGUGAAAUGCUUUAAAAAAAUUGACGUAAUUAACAGCAAACAACUAAUUAACGUCGUUAACGCGCUAUUUUUGACAGCCCUAGUUUUAAUGCACCUUAAUACCUUGUGAAUGCCUUGGAGACAUCUAAUGAUUGUAUUACCAUUAUGAAAUACUUGGUGAUAAAUGGCAGGGGGAGAAUACUUACGUAUUGUUUGAAGCUCUUGUUACAUAAAUCCCCAAAAUAGUUUAUCCUCAGUAGCAUUAUCUAUAGUUACACUCUGUGAAUUAUUGCUACAUCCAUCAAACUGAGAGCGGAGUCCCCACUGUCAGGAUGUUGCACUGAGAGUUCCAUUAAUUUCCUCUCGUCUACUGUCUCCCCAGGGCAGGCAGUCAUUCCUGUUGCACUUGCUGUCGUUGUACAAAGUGUUUUGCCCCGAGUUGGUGACACUUGCUCUUCCAUCACGAAUGAGGGUUAGUACACAGAUCACACCUAGUGACCUCUGUCCAUUGCACAAACCACACAUUGUCGUUCACCAAACAUCAGGGUUGGGGUCGAUUUCAUCCAUAUCAAAUCCGGAAGUAAAUUGAAAUUCCAAUCCAAUUCUCUUAAUUGAAACCCUGACAAACAUACUUAAUGUCACCGUGUAUAUUUUCUGCUGUCGUUCAGAGUGGGUUUAAGAAUCACAACUCCACGUGGAAGGCAGCGCUCAGUGCUGUCCAGAAGAGGAACAACGGCCAAGUGUCGUCAGACAUCAGCCUGACCCUGGGAGUGAAACACAAGACCAACUCCAGGAAGAGGGUAUGGAGAUCAGAUGAGCUGUGGCGUAACAGGGAGACCAAUGAUCUUGAACAGUGUCUUUAUUUAGGGUCUUAGUGCUAAUUUAUAGCAUUUAGAAGAAUAUUGGCGCUUGCUAAAUUGUAGUUAUGGGGUCAGUAACUAUUUAUUGCAUUCAAAAUGCACUGAGUAUACAAAACAUUAAGAACACUUUCCGUGACAGACUGACCAGGUGAAAGAUAUGAUCCCUUAUUGAUGUCACUUGUUAAAUCCACUUCAAUCAGUGUAGAUGAAGGGGAGGAGACAGGUUAAAGAAUGAUUUUUAGGCAUUGAGACAAUUGAGACGGAUUGUGUAUGUGUAGGGCGAAUGGGCAAGCCAAAAGAUUUAAGUGUCUUUGAACGUUGUAUGGUAGCAGGUGCCAGGGCGCACCGGUUUGAGUGUGUCAAGAAUUGCAAUGCUGCUGGGUUUUUCAGUUUCAACAGUUUACCGUGUGUAUCAAGAAUGAUCCACCACCCAAAGCACAACCAGCUAACUUGACACAGCUGUGGGAGGCAUUGGCGUCAACAUGGGCCAGCAUCCCUGUGGAAUGCUUUCAACACGUUGUAGAGUCCAUGCCCUGACAAAUUGAGGUUGUUCUGAAGGCAAAGGGGGGUGCAACUUAAUAUUAGGAAGGUGUUCCUAAUGUUUGGUAUACUCGGUGUAUGUUAGACUGUAAACAUUUUAUUCACCUUUGUCCUACAUAGAUCAAGCCCUUCUUGUUUUGUGUCUGUACCUAAUGAACUGUUUACGAAUGGAUGUACUGAUACUCCAAUCACUGAUCCAUCCAUCUGUCAGAAAUACCAUCAUCUGGAGCUGCCAUCGCUGAGCUCAUCUGUCCAGAGGAACUCCCCCUCCUCGAGCAGCAGGAAGGUCUUCCCCCUGGAGCAACUCCACUCCUUCCCACAGCUGCUGGACAACCUCCACUGCAUAGAGGUAACCCUCUCCUCCCCCUUCUCUCUGUCUUUAUCUCAAUCUGUAUUUUUUUCUCUCUCUCAGCAGUCUGAUUAGUCACACAGCAGUAUAGCCUAGAGAUACUUUGGUUUGAAACAGAUGGAAGGUGAGGAUUUAAGCAGGAUGGAUAUACUGUGUUCUGAAGGUGCCCAGCACUACCCGUUUCACUUGUAGUGUCAUUUUGCGAACACAUGGGGGAGCUAUGUCACCGGCACAGUUAUGGUUGGAGCACAGAACAGAACAAGGGCUCAACCUUGUCUGCCACUCAGUUUGAGGACUGGCAGUGUCAUGUGUUUAUUUCUCUGAGCCAUAAAACGAAGUCUUGAGCUCUCCAUGUCGUUUGUGUUCUAAAUUUGUUAUUGCUCCGUUUACAGACUUCAUCAUGGUGUGUUUGUCCAAACAAGUCAUGAAUUAACAGGCCAACAGAGAUGUAUAACGUGGAGCCACAUUGAAAAAGUUAUAAAGCAUUGACAAUUACAAAAGUGCUGCACACAAAUACUGUUUGCUUGGCAGAUCCAUUGACCUGAUCAACCCAGCUACAUUUCUUUAAAAUGCUUAAGGACAUUUAUGCUUCACGCUACAUCAAUUCCCCCCACGGAGCCAACGUGUCCAACAAGCUGUUGUGACAGCACUUGCUACUUUUUAUGGCUAUUGGUGGACAGGACAGAUCAGCUAGUACUGUCCAUCAUGCAGUGCAUGAGGAACGAUGCGUUUGCUCCUUAAUUAUGGGAAGACUCAGCCAUGUCCAUUGACAAUCUGUCUGUCUUUCUCUUUAUUUAUUAAGUUUCCAUAUUGCCGGGCAGCUAUUCACAUAAUAGACAAACCGGCCAGCCCGUGUGGAGAAAUGUCUGAAUGCUUCCUGCCACAGACAUGGCCAUGAUGACUGUAUUAUGAGGAUAAGUAGAUGUGACAGAUUUAGUCCAGUCACUCAGUGACAGAUUGAUUGCUCACUCAUUGAAAACAAGGACAUGGGCAACAGAGAUUCUCUUCUUCAAUAGGGGCUGCUAAUAUCCUGACAUUAAGCUAUUUAAAACAUGAUGCUGGCUUGCAGUUAGAUGGCCCCUCAAUUGGUAUGCUGAAAUGUAUUUGUGUUUGUGUUGUGGGGUGGGAAGGUGGUGGGGUUGGUCAUUAUAAGUGUGUUUAAAGCGUGAGUGGAUGGUGGUGUUUGAUGUGCAUACUGUAAAUGUGUGUUGACUCUUCUAAUAAUCAUGUCUCCCUUCCACAGCUCCCAUCCCAGAUGGGUUCUCUGCUGGGCUCCAGUCUGGCCCUCUGUUACCUGGACUACGUACAAGAUGACUCCGCCUUCCUCCGACUCAACUUCUGGCUGGGCCACGCCCUCCAUGAGGGUACAACCACUACGUAUUCCUCUGUUGUCUCUCUCUCUCUGCGGAAAUGUGGCGGCAGGUAGCCUAGCGGUUAGUGCGUUGAGCCAGUAACCGAAAGGUUGCUAGUUCCAAUCCCAGAGCCAGCUAGUUCCAAUCCCAGAGCCAACUAGGUGAAAAAUCUGUCGAUCUUCCCACUUAACACUGUGCGCACCGUGCCUGCUCCGAGCGCUCCGUGCUCACCGUGCCUGCUCUGUGCUCACCGUGCCUGCUCUGUGCUCACCGUGCCUGCUCCGUGCUCACCGUGCCUGCUCUGUGCUCACCGUGCCUGCUCCAAGCUCACCGUGCGUGCUCACCGUGCCUGCUCUGUGCUCACCGUGCCUGCUCCGUGCUCACCGUGCCUGCUCCGUGCUCACCGUGCCUGCUCCAAGCUCUCCGUGCUCACCGUGCCUGCACCGUGCUCACCGUGCCUGCUCCAAGCUCUCCGUGCUCACCGUGCCUGCACCGUGCUCACCGUGCCUGCUCCGUGCUCACCGUGCCUGCUUUGUGCGCGCUGCUCUUACUCAUUGCUAGCUCUAGCCUGUCCUAAGGAAGGACUGAAGUCACUGGGAGUCUGGGCUGCAUCACCACUUAUGCUGCACAGAGGUUAAAGGAAAUGUUCACAAUUUUUCAACUCCAUAUUCAUCGACUCCAGCACCACCCCAACGUCAACAUACUGUAUGUGAAAAUGGCGUGUUACUAUGUUUUGUGCUUCGAACUGUGUGUGUAAAUUACGUCAUGGGUCUUCGAGACAGCGCAAACUUGUAUUAAAUAAGACAUUGCUUCUUUUAGGAAAAUGUGGUUGAUCAGUAUAAUAAGAUUCUUCCCAAAUGGAAGGGAAACAACAUUUUGUUUUUCAUCUGCAGCCCAAUGAAAUCAGCCAAAACAAGCUCAAUAACUCAAUGCAUGCACACACUCCUAUUGAAUUGCUUUCACCUGUAUUGUGGAUAGGCCUAGGCUAAAUUUGGAUUUACCCAGUUUAUCAAUAGAGAUUUACCAUUCAAAUAAAUGGUUACCAUUAUAUUUUUAUGUAGUUAGAUUGGUAAAAAAAAAGAGUAUAAUUGAGUGUAUGAUUGUAUAAUUGAUUCAUUAAUGCAUACAUUCAAAAAUCGAACAUUUCAAAUAUAAUGAUAUUGACCUCCAAAGAUCUGUUGAUCGAGUGCCAUUCUGUGACUUUGGCUAAAACGUCUUCUUUUUUUGGCGUGGUAUCGUUUUGGUGUUAAGUAUCGUGAUGGUAUCGAGUAUCGUGAUACUAAACCUGAUAUCGGUAUCGAAGUCUAAAUUCUGGGAUUGUGACAUCACUACCACACACUUGUACAUACAUAUAAGCAACACCUAUCUGACCUUUGUCUUACGUUGUGAAAGAGGAAGUAGAAAGAAGAAAGGCCCAAAACACUGAACCCUCAGCCAUUCCCAGUAGGCAUUGCAAAGCAACGCUCUGUAGAAAAGCUUUUAUGAAAAUUAAACAUUUGGCUGUCAAGAUUGUACAAAUCCACAAUGUGACUUUUUCACCAUUUUAAAAUCUCUUAAUUUCCCUCUUUAUUUUUGGGUUUCAGAGUUUCUGUUCUGCAGUGGGGACGGGGGCUCUGGGAGUUCGUCCGAGGCCCUCCACCUCCUCAACAUGUUGCUCUCCACGCAGCAGUUCCUCCAGGUGAGCUCCCCACCUCACCCCCUCCAGGCUCCUCUCACCCCCAGUUCCCACCCCCACCUUUCCCUUUAAUGCCAGAUUUGGAUCUGUCAGAGCAUGUUAAACUCGCUCUUCUCUGCUCCCACUCUCUUCCCCCUCGCUGCUCGUUAAUAAAUAAUGCCACAGUCAAACGCUUAUUUGAGAUGCGUAUGUUUUGUCUCUCCCCCUCCCUCCCGCUGUCCUCAGGAGGGCUUCUCCAGCACCGAGGGCUUCCUCUACAAGUUCCUGAACGUUUGGGACGGUUCACUCCUCCGCCCCCAGAUUCUGGGCCUGCUGAGUGACAUCCCUGUGGUCCCCAGUUCCUGUGAGUAGGCCCUGUUUGCUUGGCUGCCUUACGCUCCUCUCCUCCAGUCUCUCUCCUAAUUAAACUGCUGAACUGUAACGGCGGGAAGACACGUGACUACAUUUCCCAGGCUCCCUGGUAAAUGCUGCCAGCCUGCCAUGUGCUGGGGAUUGCAACCAUGCAAUCCCCAGCACAUGGCAGGCUGGCAGCAUAUACCAGGGAGCCUGGGAAACGUAGUCACAUGGUCGAAUUAAAUGGUUUGUGCAAAUUUCCUUGCUCUCCCGCAUCUCUCCCAGGUAUCAGCCAGCUUCUGUUUGAGCCUCUCAUGCAGCUGUUCUUCACCUCCACGCUGUUCUUCAAGGUAAUAGUCAACAUAAUACCUCCAGAACCGCUUUGAAUUAAGUAUAAGAAGCUUGCAUCAUACCACUAUAUCCAUUUACAGUCCAGUUAUCAUCUGCCUUUUAAUCCUGGGUUGUAUUCAUUUGGCACAAAACGGAAGAAAACAUACUGAAAUGGGGAGGAACUACUUGUACUUGUGCAGUGAGAACCAUUUUGUUUUUGUUUUCUGAUGAGACGUUUUACAACGUUUUGCUACGGUGUGCCCUAUUACGACCCUGUUGUCAUUGUAAAUAUAGUUAUUUCCCCACUUUGAAUAAGUCUACCACCCCUCUGUUGUCUGUCCAGUGCAGUGUGAUUGACUGUCUGAACAACAUGCUGUUGAAGUGGUUGACCUGGCACUCUGUGUACGCCCUGGAGGACGGCCUGGACAUCAGUCUCCACAGCCACACACCCAUGUGAGUCUCACUGUCCCAGUCACACACUCGCACACUUCCAACACCAAAGCCCUGGAACUUCCUUUAGUUAAAGACACAUUUCAAUGUCUUCCUCUCCAGUAUUCAAACUCUUCCCAAAUGGCUGAACCCUGUCAAUACAUUUUUAUUCCCUUCCCAUUUCAAACUUCACCUCUGGAGAGAAAAAAAAAGCUGUGCUGAAAUCGAUGGCUGUGGUUUGUGGUUGUCCACCUCCUCUCAACUUCCUCGGUUUCUCCUCAACACUGUCCUCUGGAACGCAGCAGCGUAAUGUACUGCAGUGUGUGUGUCUCUGUCCGCCCGGCCGCAUUGCUGCACACUCAGCGCUGAUUUGGUUAUUGUCUUUUAUUGCGUUAACUGAGAUGGGCGCGGCUGCUGAAGGAGAAAUGAAUAUGAUCCAAGGGCAAAGCCCCCUGUUUGAACGUCUCACUAGUCCCAUGCAUCAUUAUGAUUCACGUGUUUCCUUCCUGUUAUUAAGGCCUGCGUGUUAUGUUGCAUAACGUGACUAUUCUUCAACUCCUCCCCAGGAACAUGACUCUGUCUGGCUUCAUGGACUCUGUCAUGGAGCUGGUGCGUUUCGUGGGCCGCCUGGCCACCGUGGGGCUGCAGCUGGAGGGCUGCCACUCCCUGUUCCUCAGCUUCGUCCUGGACUUCUACGAGACGGUAAUCAAGCCAGAUGAAGCCAGUACAUUUCAUUGAAUACAUAAAGGGGGGGGGAGUCCAGUGCUCCCUUCUUAUAGUGAUUUCACCCGUGCAGGACUGUUCGAACACUAAGUGGUUGAUCCCCGUAAUCACAUUCACUUUAAGCAGAGUGCACUGGCUCAGUUGUUCCAUAUUCAUGCUCCAUUUAGAAAAGGAGACAACCGUGUUCUUUCUGGGGUGUUGAAGUGUGUGCCCCUGUGUGUGCCAUGCAGGUGUGUGACAUGUUCCUGAAGUACGGACUCCCCCUGGUGGUCAUGCCCCCCGUGGGAGUGUUUUACCCAGCCCUGUUCGCCACCGACCCCGUCAGCGUGGACCGCCUCGGCUACAUCAUGUACAGGUGAGGAGUGGUGAUGUCAACGCCAAUAUUAUAAUGUCAACACCGGGACUGAUGGAAGUCAACACAGUCACGUCAGAGUGUCAUCUUUCACAAACAAAGUGCGUUCACUGCCAUGUCGUGUGCAAAGCAUCUGCAUGUAUGUCAAACUUUCUCCUAUAUAUAUAUUUGAUAACGGAAGUGAAUGGUAAGCAGUCUUGGUGCGGCAUGCCAGCCAGAACAUUGCAUUUAUGAUUCAUAAUAAUGAAGGGUCCAGGGCGCAGAAUUGCACUAAGAUCCAUUUUCUCUGAGAACCUUUCGAGCCCAUGAAGAAUACAAACGGCAUGCAUUGCUCAAAGCGCCAAUGUCUUGUCGCACAAAUACACAAAGCAUACAUCUAUAGCAGGGGUACUCUAGUACUAGUUAAAAAGGUCCGGUCACACACAUUUCCUAGGUGGCAAAGGUCCGGAUGGAUAAUGUCAUUUAUCGGCAUAGUAACAAACCCACACCUCACAACCCAUGCGACCCCAAACUGUUCACACCCCUCUUGUUGGCGGAGAGACCGUUUUGCAGUUUUAAAGCAAAUUUCCAGCAUUUCUACACAUUUUGCAUGUGGCAGGGAAUUGUUUUUGCUGUUUUAAAGCUCAUUUCCUGCAAUUCGACACAUUGUUACGUGUCUUAUGUGUGUUCAUGUAAUACCAGAGGUUGAAGGCCGACUAGACCCGUUGUCCGUAUUGACCCCCUUCUGGGUCCGGAUCCGGACCUCGGUCCGCCAGUUGAGAAUAGGGGAAUCUAUAGCAUGACAAAAGACCACUGCUUUUAUUAAAACAGGCCAAACAUCUGGUCUUAGCAACUGCUGCUACUAUGGUGGUUGUUUUUAAGCUUGUUCUUGUAAAAAUUUCUGCUCACAAUAAAUGGCCUUUAGGACAGAUGUUUACAUAACAUGGAAAGCAAUAUGGUUGUUUUUCUACCCUUAUACAGACCACUACAUGUAUUGCUCUUUUCUUCAGGUACAAGAAGAACCUGAUCUCUGCUAAGUGCCAACAACAGGAGACCAAGGUAAUGAAAGCACUCCCUUUAAGAUAUGUUCUCUGCUUUGCAUAUCUAUCAGUGUUUUUGCAUAAUCAAGCAAUUCAAGGCUCCUCGCGAGGCCACUUCUACCCGUCCACAUGAUGAACGAAACUAUUAGAAUUAAGUGCUGAUUACAGAAUUGCAAUUUUGGUGGUUACUCGUUUAUACAAAAAAACAAUUCUAGUGUAUGAAGGCAAUUAAAUGUUUAAGUAGAUACUGCCAUUUGUAUACAGUGCCUUCAGAAUGUAUACACACCCCUUGACUGAGAUUUUGUCACUGAUCUACACACAAUACCCCAUAAUGUGGAAUUAUGUUUUUAGAAAUGUUUACAAAUUAAAAAUGAAAAGCUGAAAUGUCUUGAGUCAAUAAGUAUUCAACCCUUUUUGUUAUGGCAUGCCUAAAUACGUUCAGGAGUAAAAAUGUGCUUAACAAGUCACAUAAUUAGUUGCAUGGACUCUGUGUGCAAUAAUAGUGUUUAACAUGAUUUUUGAAUGACUACCUCAUCUCUGUACCCCACACAUACAAUUAUCUGUAAUGUCCCUCAGUCGUGCAGUGAAUUUCAAACACAGAUUUAACCACAAAGACCAGGGAGGUUUUUCAAUGCUUCGCAUAGAAGGGCACCUACAGUUGAAAUCGGAAGUUUACAUACACUUAGGUUGGAGUCAUUAAAACUAGUUUUUCAACCACUCCACAAAUGUCUUGUUAACAAACUAUAGUUUUGGCAGGUCGGUUAGGACAUCUAUUUUGUGUAUGACACAAGUUAAUUUUUCCAACAAUUGUUUACAGACAGAUUAUUUCACUUAUAAUUCACUGUAUCACAAUUCCAGUGGGUCAGAAGUUUACAUACACUAAAUUGACUGUGCCUUUAAACAGUGUUGAAAAUUCCAGUAAAUGAUGUCAUGGCUUUAGAAGCUUCUGACAGGCUAAUUGACAUCAUUUGAGUCAAUUGGAGGUGUACCUGUGGAUGUAUUUCAAGGCCUACCUUCAAACUCAGUGCCUCUUUGCCUGACAUGGGAAAAUCAAAAGAAAUCAGGGGACAAAGAUCAUACUUUUUGGAGAAAUGUCCUCUGGUCUGAUGAAACAAAAAUAGAACUGUUUGGUCAUAAUGACCAUCGUUAUGUUUGGAGGAAAAAGGAGAAGGCUUGCAAGCCGAAGAACACCAUCCCAACCGUGAUGCACGGGGGUGGCAGCAUCAUGCUGUGGGGGUGCUUUGCUGCAGGAGGGACUGGUGCACUUCACAAAAUAGAUGGCAUCAUGAGGAAGGAAAAUUAUGUGGAUAUAUUGAAGCAACAUCAGUCAGGAAGUUAAAGCUUGGUCGCAAAUGGGUCUUCCAAAUGGACAAUGACCCCAAGCAUACUUCCAAAGUUGUGGAGAAAUGGCUUAAGGACAACAAAGUCAAGGUAUUGGAGUGGCCAUCACAAUGCCCUGACCUCAAUCCUAUAGACAGUUUGUGGGCAGAACUGAAAAGGCGUGUGCGAGCAAGGAGGCCUACAAACCUGACUCAGUUACACCAGCUCUGUCAGGAGGAAUGGGCCAAAAUUCCCCCAACUUAUUGUGGGAAGCUUGUUGGAAGGCUACCUGAAACUUUUGACCCAAGUUAAACAAUUUAAAGGCAAUGCUACCAAAUACUAAUUGAGUGUAUGUAAACUUCUGACCCACUGGGAAUGUGAUGAAAGAAAUAAAAGCUGAAAUAAAUAAUUCUCUCUACUAUUAUUCUGACAUUUCACAUUCUUAAAAAAGAGUGGUGAUCCUAACUGACCUAAGACAGGGAAUAUUUACUAGGAUUAAAUGUAAGGAAUUGUGAAAAACUGAGUUUAAAUUUAUUUGGCUAAGGUGUAUGUAAACUUCCGACUUCAACUGUAUAGACAGGUUGGUUGUUUAGCAACAAAAACAACACGUGCACAACCAUGGGGCAAAACAGCUGAGGUUGGUUUAGAUUGUUGACAACAUGUAAGCUAUAUUUCGUCUCCAAUGUUUAUUGAAAACAUAAAUAAAUUUGCACAUAAGCACUAGUUGUCUCUUAAAUACAUUGUUACAGUUUUUGGUUAGUUAGCUAGCGAAUUUUAGCCAUAUAAGCAUUGACAUGAAAUCCGUCAAACACCUCAAAUUUAUUUUAUUUUAUUUAUUUAACCUUUAUUUAACCAGGAAGGGCUCAUUGAGAUUUAAAAUCUCUUUUUCAAGAGCGUCCUGGCCAAGAUAGGCAGCACCAAGUCAUUACAAAAAAUUACAGACAGACAACAUGAAAAACUACAAGUAAUCUAGUAAAAACCAUUCAUGAAUUCACAGGAGUAUAACAAUAUCAAAAACAGCAAAUUAAAAACAUUGACAGGUCAGGGAAUCAGCCUCAAAAUCCUUCAUCAGAGAUUUAAAAACACCAAUCGGGACAAGUUCUUCCAGUUUAAAAUUAUUUUGUAAGGUGUUCCAAGACGAUGGCGCAGAGUACAUAAAAGACCUUUUACCAAAUUCAGUUCGGACAUUUGGAACAGUUAGCAGGAUAAAGUCCAGUGAACGAAGAGAGUACCCACCACAUUUCUGAACAAUAAAAAUGCCCAAAUAAAAAGGUAGUAAACCCAAAAUGGCUUUGUAAAUAAAAGUAUACCAGUGACUGAGCCUACGAGUGACUAGAGAAGGCCAGCCAACCCUGGUAUGCAAAGUACAGUGGUGCGUAAGGGUUUUACAGUUUAAAAUAAAUCUCAAAGUACCAUGAUAAAGAGUGUCAAUUGAUCUCAAACACUGAGCGGAAGCAUUCAUAUAUAAAAUAUCCCCAUAGUCUAGUAAAGGCAUAAAUGUAGCUGAUACUAGCCUCCUUCUGGCUUCAAAAGAAAAACAGGCCUUAUUCCUAAAAUAAAAUCCCAAUUUCAGCUUCAAUUUUUUUGUAAGUUGUUGAAUAUGCAAUUUAAAAGAGAGGCCGUCAUCAAUUAGAAUUCCAAGAUAUUUAUGAGGUUACAACCUCAAUCUCCUUGCCCUGACAGGUAGUAACAGGUGAAAGGUUCAGAGGUCUAUUUCUUGCAUUAGAAAACACCAUUAGUUUAGUUUUGUCAGUAUUGAGGAUAAGCUUCAAUUGACACAAGGUAUGUUGAACAGUAUAAAAAGCAGUUUGCAAGUUCUGGAAAGCUUUUGUAAGAGAUGAGGCACAACAGUAAAUAACAGUAUCAUCAGCAUAAAAAUGAAGUUGUGCAUUUUGGACAUUUUUGUCCAAAUCAUUAAUAUAAAUAGUGAAUAAGAGAGGACCAAGUACAGAGCCCUGGGGCACACCAUUCAGGACAGACAAUUUAACAGACAUAAGCCCAUCAAAUUGAGUGCUAAAUCAAGACAUGGUGUCAAUAACAAGAUGAAACGAGCCACUUACAAUUCCAAACAUGGUAGUUUUUUAUCAUUCUUGCUAGCAAUCUGGCCAACCAACAAUCACAACAACAGGCUGAGUUCUGCCCCAUGGAAGCGCGCACAUUGUUUUCGUAAUGUUGUCAGCUAACCCAUUUUAUAGAUAGAUGGGUAGGAAAAAAAGCAGACAUUGAAUAUCUCUUUGAGCAUGGUGCAGUUAUUAAUUACACUUUGGAUGUUGUAUCAAUACACCCAGUCACUACAAAGAUACAGGCGCCCUUCCUAACUCAGUUGCCAGAGAGGAAGGAAAUCGCUCAGGGAUUUCACCUUGAGGCCAAUGGUGAUUUUAAAACAGUUAGUUUAAUGGCUGUGAUAGGAGAAAACUGAGGAUGGAUCAACAACAUUGUAGUUACUCCACAAUACUAACCUAAAUGACAGAGCGAAAAGAAGGAAGCCUGUACAUAAUAAAAAUAUUCCAAAACAUGCAUCCUGUUUGCAAUAUGGAAUUAAAGUUAUACUGCAAAAAAAUGUGGCAAAGAAUGAACUUUUUGUCCUGAAUACAAAGCAGUACGUUUGGGGCAAAUCCAACACAACACAUCACUGAGUAGCACUCAUCAUAUUUUUAAGCAUGGUGGUGGCUGCAUCAUGUUCUGGGUAUGCUUAUCAUUGGCAAGGACUAGGAACCUUUUUUAGGAUAAAAAUAAACUGAAUAGAGCUAAGCACAGGCAAAAUCGUCAUGGAAAACCUGGUUCAGUCUGCUUUCCAACAGACACUGGGAGAAAAAUGCACCUUUCAGCAGGACAAUAACCCUAAAACACAAGGCCAAAUAUACACUGGAGUUGUUUACCAAGACGACAUUGAAUGUUCCUGAGUAGCCUAGUUACAGUUUUGACUCAAAUAGGCUUGGAAAUCUAUGGCAAGACAUGAAAAUGUCUGUAGCAAUGAUCAACAACCAACUUGAGCUUGAAGAAUUUAAGAAUAAUGGGCAAAUGUUGCGCAAAAUGGUGUGCAAAGCUCUGAGACUUAGCCAGAAAGAGUCACAGCUGUAAUCACUGCCAAAAGUGGUUCUACAAAGUAUUGACUCAGGGGUGUGAAUACUUAUUUAAAUGAGAUUGCUGUAUUUUAUUUUCAAUAAAUGUACUACAAUUUCUAAAAACAUGUUUUCCCUUGGUCAUGGGGUAUUGUGUGUAAGAUGAGUGAGAGAAAAAAAUCUAUUUAAUCCUUUUUAAAUUCAGGCUUUAACACAACAAAAUGUGGAAUAAUUCAAAGGGUAUGAAUACUUUCUGAAGGCACUCUGGGUGCGAAAACACCAAUAUGUUUACCCCAUAUUUCCGACAGCACGUCUUACCAAGACAAAUGGGUCCAGUAAGCGGCAUGCAAAUUGGUCAGCGCGUGCAGACAUUAGAGAUAAUGGACCUGAGAUUUAACCACUCAACACCCUAUCCGGUGAUAUUCCAUGAGAGAGCCUAUUUAUUUAGCAUGUGUCACACGCUUAUUCAGUGUUUAAACUACAUCUCCAUCGCUCUCUUUUUCCUCUCUUUCUUGUCAUCUCUCCAUCACAGCAGGCGUUUCACAUCAGCAGGCAGACGUACCGGGAGUUUAACCAUUACCUGCUUUUCAUGGUGAGCUGCCUGUGGAACUCCAAGAUGUUCCUGCCAGGCAUGGCCAUCGAGGUGGACCAGGAGCUCCUGGCUCUCAGCAAAGUGCCCGAGCCCUGGACCAGCUUCGACCUCAUCCACCACCCUGCCUUCCUCGGCUACGCCCUUGACUUUCAUUGCAAAGUGAGUUUAGAUUAGAAUUUGUAUUUAAUUUAGAAAAUAUUUGCGAUAAUUGGAUUUAUAUAGUUAUUUACUUAUUGCAUUUUGCCAGGCAUUAUAUAAAGUCCAGAUCCAUGAAACCAGUAUUGUAUAUAAUUUUCAUAAAUGUCCACUUUAUAUAUUAAGUCUAAUUUUCAAACUUCAAGAGAAACACCUGACGCAAAAGGGAGCAGUCAUCCUCUCCAGUUGAAUUAAUACAUUUUAAGGCCGGACAAGGAGAUUAAUUUGGUAUUAAUUUAUCUUUUAUAGAAGAUCCAUUAAUACAGAAUCACAUUUUAUUACUCAUGGGCGCUGCAUGAGACUUGAUUUUUCAUCAUGUUUAAUUAUCCAAGUACCUCUUUUUGGUCCGAACCGCUGCAACACCCAGUACGCUGUUCUAUUGAGAUUUACUGUGAGGGGGGAAACUGUUGAAUAUUAAUGCUUCUCUCUUUAUCAGUGUUGGCCAGAGAGGAAGGAAAUGGAUCUCAAUUCCAUAAAGGUACCGCAGUCUUACCACUUCUUUCGUUUUAAUGUACUGUACGUACGUGCACUGAUGUGCAUUUUAAAGUGUGCCGUUUGAUUUUUUUAUGGACCUCAUGCUACUGAUCAGCAAGCCAUAGGAGGUCCUGGAUGGUCCUUGUGUAAUGGAUGGUCUGUAACGCUGUCCGUCUGUCUCUGUAGGCCGGGAAGCAGUGGGUAUGGUACCUGGAGUUUCUCUUCUCUCAGGGCUUUCAGGGCCUCCAACAGUUUGUCCAGAGUAGCAUCAACCGGCGCUCUGCGGCUGGAACCAAUGACCAGGGUCAGGGAGACAGCCAGCCCACAAGCAGUUAAACGACAGAGGAUAAAACACAAAAGACUGAAACUUCUCCUUGUUGUAAAGGAUGCAUACAUGUUUUAUCUUUCGCCAUCUUCUCCAAGGCAAGAUUCACAAGAGACUAGAGUAUCUCUGUAAAUAGACACUUUUUAAAAUCGUGAUGUAUUUUUAUUUUGUCCUGUCCCUAUUUUAAUUCCGCUUGGUGCUCAUGUGUUGUCUGUUCUCUUGUAUAGCUUACGCAUCUAUCUAUUAUUUCUGUGGAACUUGCACAUUAAUAAAAAUAUUAUUUUAGGAUUUUAUUUUAGAUUAAAGCAUCCCCCCCCUGGUCUUUUACUCAAUUACACCAAUGCUCCUAAAAAGCUAACAUUAAACAUGCUGGAACAUGUUCACUUAUUCAGAAUAUAUUUUCUAUUAAAAGCCAUCGGUAGAAUUCAUUAUGGGGGAAGUCAUCAGUAUCUAUUGCAGGUACUGGCUCAACCUUCUGGAAAACAUUUUCCCUUAAUUGAAGGAUCCAUCUGGAUAGUUAAUAGGCCCUUGGCUCUCCAGUUAUCUUGGAACAUGCUGGGUGCAGGGAAACACAUUGCACGCCAUACAUUCUCACGGUGCCACCAUAGACUUCCCCUCUGAGCAUCACCAUUACUGACAAUGGGGUCCACAGGUCUGCUUUGUGUGCAUUCUGUAUGUAUUAUGGCUGUAUUCAUGUCACUAUUGAGUCAAUUCUUCAGCCCAUUGUUCCUUUUUAUUUUUCAACGUAGUGUAGUGGUGUGUGGGUCAGCUGUUUGUGCACCCACCCGCAAUUGCCCGACUAUAGCCAAUGUGAAAAUCUGAGGCCCGCACCUGACCCUAACCCGCUAAUAUAGAAAAUGUGUUGUAGGCUACAGUCAGAGACGGAAGGAUUUGCCUGAUUUUCGAUUUCUGACAUUUUGGUAGGCUAUUUGUUUCUCAACUUGUCUGUAAUUAAAUAGGCUACACGCAGCUUCUCUUCUGUCCAUUAGCCUAUAUGUUGCCCUAGAAGACUAAGUAAACCCUUGCUCGCCCGAAUGUCAUACGUCAAUACAAUGAAUGCUUCAAACUAUACUGAACAAAAAUCUAAAUGCAACAUGUAAAGUGUUGGUCCCAUGUUUCAUGAGCUGAAAUAAAAGAUACCAGAACUGUUCCAUAUGCCCAAAAACAUAUUUCUCAUUUUGUGCACAAAUUUGUUUCGAUCCCUGUUAGUGAGCAUUUCUCCUUUGCCAAGAUAAUCCAUCCACCUGACAGGUAGGUGUGGCAUAUCAAGAAGCUGAUUAAACAGCAUGAUCAUUACAGAGGUGCACCUUGUGCUGGGGAUAAAAGGCCACUCUAAAAUGUGCAGUUUUGUGUCACAACACGAUACACAUGUCUCAAGUUUUGAGGAAGCGUGCAGUUGGCAUGCUGACUGCAAGAAUGUCCACCAGAGCUGUUGACAGAAAAUGUAAUGUUUAUUUCUCUACCAUAAGCCGCCUCCAACGUUAUUUUAGAGAAUUUGGCAGUAUGUCCAACCGGCCUCACAACCGGAGACCACGUGUAACCACGCCAGCCCAGGACCUCCACAUCCGGCUUCUUCACCUGCAGGAUCGUCUGAGAGCAGCCACCCGGACAGUUUAUAAAACUAAGGAGUAGUUCUGUCUGUAAUAAAGCCCUUUUGUGGGGGGAAAACUAUUCUGAUUGGCUGAGCCUGUCUCCCAAGUGGGUGGGCCUACACCCACCCAUGGCUGCACCCCUGCCCAGGCAUGUGAAAUCCAUAGAUUAGGGCCUAAUGAAUUUAUUUCAAUUGACUGAUUUUCUUAUAUGAACUGUAACUCAGUAAAAUUGUUGAAAUUUUUGCCUGUUGAGUUUAUAGUUUUGUUCAGUGUAAUUGACAUCGUUCAAAUUUUCUGUCAUCGCCGCUUAUUUCGCGGAGCAAAGACGUUUAGGGACCGGGAUCAAAUGCAAUAUUUGUUUUUUAAACGGAAAGGUUUUCUGUGCAAAAUUUCCAAAUGACAUUAGUUUGACAGGUUGUAAGUAAAUGGAAAGCUGUGAAAACGACCCAAAAUGUUUCUGAAAAGAUUUCAGUUGGCUUGGAUGCAUACUUUAUGUGGUUGAAAUACUAUCCGCUUUUAUGAUGCUGAUAAAGACAGCACAUCCACAGACAUUUCCAUUCUCUCAAUAAAUCAAUCAUUUUUCUCCACUCCUGUUCCCGAGUCAAAAAGUAGCCUACAUUUUGUGUAUUAUUUUACUGCAAGAAAUGCUUAAUUCUGCAGGAGUUAAUAUUAAGAUAUGUGAGAAGUUAUAGAAUACAUAGUCAGUGAUUUCAGUUUCCAUGUCCAUCUGAACAGUAGGCUACAGUUCCCUUGAAGUGUCAUAAGCCUAUCUGAAGUCCCAAUCUAGUGACUGUCGAAUUUGUGUAGCACAUCACAACCUUCACACUGCUAUCAUCCUCUUUUACCACUUCACCAAAUCUUUCCCAAACAUUACUUUUCUGGACCUCCCUUAUCUUUAUUUUACAACUCUCCAUUUCACAGCAUUUCUCUUAUUGAAUUAAACUCCAACAUUGUCCCUUUUGCCUCGGACCUUAACUUUUUCUGCCUGUUCCCAAAAGCAUGUUGCGCGCAUAGUUAGGCCAUAGGCUUAUGCGCUAAUGCCAGAUAGCAUGCAAUAAUGAAAGAAAUACCUCAGUGUAGCCUAUAGAUAUAAAUUGCACAAUAAUUAUACAGUUAUGGAUUUUUUAAAGGUAUUGUUUUCUCUUUAUUCAACCCGACCGAAACCACACCCACCCUUAAUCCACCCACUAUUUCAUGAUCCUAAACCUGCCCUGCGGAAAUAACCACGGGGCCUGCAGGUUAUGAGUCAACCCGCACAUCACUAACGUAGCGGUAUAACAAUGUCAAUGUAAUGGUCCAUUUCACAUGAAUUGCCGACACUUUAACAAUCAAUUCAUCAUAAAUUAAGUGUUUCCCCUAAAAAAAAGUCCCAGCAGCAGUGUCAGCGCUAGCAGGGGUCUUCCUGAAGCAUACAUAUAGAUGCAUAUAAAUUAUAAAUAAAAAGGGACCGUAAUUGGAUCAUUGCUGUGUCUAGACCCCAUUUUAUGCAACUAAGUACCUCAAUUUCACAGCUGAAAGUUUAGCUCUGAUAUACUACUUGUAAUUGUGUGUUUUUAAUCUUUGAAUACCCCACAACCUUAUUCUUUGAUUUAAUGAGACCCUUGUCACUGUUCCCAUCUCUGGAGCCAAUAGUCUCCCUGGGGUGUAGAACUAUCCUGCGGCUGUUUUGUUUGGCACCUUGUUUUGAGGGAGGUUGAAAACAUUGCCUGAAUGCAUAGGAUCCUUUUAUACAGUAUUCUAUAAUUAGACUAGCUAUAUCACAGGACAAGGAAACUCCAACUAAAGUAGCCUUUCAUGGAUGAUGACUAUCAGUGGAUAUGUAUUUCCAACAUUUAAUAUUACAUUCUGGUACAAAGUUGACCGACAUUUUUUAAAAGUAAGAUUUUUAAGGCAGAUUUUCUAUGCGCGGAACUAUUUUGAAUAGCUGCGCGGGCCACCUUAAGCAGGUCUCUGCGGUUAACUGCAAUGAGAGCGAGACUCCAGCGUUACAGGGCUUCUCUGACCUGAGUGCUCUUCUGCGGUUUGAAAUGUUCAUCUUCGCAUCAGUCUCAGCGCACUUUUCGUCUUUUCCCCAAUUCAUGGGUAUUUCAGUCUGCAAGACAAGUCUAUUAGGCUAUUCCGUGGCCCUUUGAGACACUACCUGAGCCAAAUCUCUGCCCGGCGAGAAAGGUAAGAUUACAUGCAUCCCAAGUAUGGAUUUCUGCAAUGUGUGUUUAAUUAGACCAGUGAAAGCAAGUAAAUGUGUUUUGCAUUAUAUUAUUGUCUAUAAGUCACUGACAUAACACGACAUAUUCGGUUCUUGUGUUAUGUUUCUUUUUGUGGAAAACAUUAAAUCAAUGUUUUAAUCGGGCGUCAUGCCUAAUGCCCGAUGUUGUGCGCGGUUGUCCGGGUUAGAUGAUCUGCCGGGCUUUCAAUAGACUAAUUAUAAAAUGCUAGAAUAUAGGCGGCUGUCUGCAUUAGGUAUUGUAGGCACAAUGUUGCAUACAUAGGAAUAAUACACUAUCCUUGCUUUCUGUUCGGCGUGAUUCUACGUGCGAGAAUACUAAAGGUUAUAUCUGCCAACUCAAGAUUUUGGCAACGGGCGCAGCAGAUGACUUAUCCAGAAGCCAAAAAUGUGUGCGAGCUCCUUACACAAAUUUGAGCUGUUGCAUAUGCCAAGAUCAGUUCUGUCAUGUCAUUCGAUUUGCAUGGCAUGUUGCAUUUUCAUUAUUUGUAGUCUAAAUGGAGAAUGUGUCUUAUUUGGGCAUCGGGCUAUUUAGCUUCCCGAUGCCCAGUGAUACCGGUGAAUUCAAAUAUAAAGGCUAAUCAUUUGUUUCAAUAUAUUGGUAAAGAGGUCUAUCUGACUCUACUGAGAAGAAACAUAUGUUGACACUGGGGAUAUUAUUUGAAAGGAAAAUCUAGUAGUUUCCGUUGUAUUAAUGGAUUUUUACCCCGUUUUAUAGAUGACAGUACUUAAAAUAGGAGCUUGAAGGUUCUUUAUAAAGCUGCAUUGUGAACCAUUCUUUGAUCUUCCUACAGCCGGACAGCUCCCUGUGCUUGUGGCAGUUUAGUACAGUCAGAGAGAUGAACAUAUGAAAGUGUGGGAGCUCGAAGUGCUGCUUUAGUAAUAACAGAAUAAUGCCCAUAAACAGGAAAGUAGCCUAUAUGUGUGACAUGAAGAAAUGCCAUUUAGUAGACGCUUUUAUCUAAAGCGACUUAAGGUCAGUCAUGCGUGCAUACGUUUUUUUACUUAUGUGUGGUCCCGGAAAUCGAACCCACUAUAUUGGCGUUGAAAGCGCCAUGCUCCACCAACUGAGCUACAGAGAGAGGACCACUAUCCUGCUUGGGAGGGAAUGGGUGAUGUAGUAUGUGUGAUCAACAGAAUACAACGGUUUUUGUGAUGCUAUAGUUUAUUGUGCUUUAACUGCAUUCAGUGUAUCAAAGACUUGUUGGCUAUAGGGGCUCAGUAUUCAUUUGAAACAUGUUUAAAGGGGUUAGGAGUAUGUUUCAUUGUCAAUGCCUCUCCCUUCCGGCGGCCCCGAGGACAGGUUUUCAUGGCUAUGCAUUUUCUUCACACUCCUAGGCUAUCUGUAUUUAGAUUGGUCUGUGCAUAUACUGCAUAUCUCCAAAUUACCCUGCUCAUUCCUGUAAUAGCUCCUGCUUGUCUUUAUAGAACACAAACUGUCAGCCCCCUACUGCUGCUGAUGGUGAUGGCGCCAUUAUGUGUAGAUUAUUAUUCGUUUUGACAGGUGUAAGAGUCUGUGUAGGGCAGGGGCACAACUUUCACUGGGGACGGGGACAUGUCCCCCCACAUUCUGAAAUGGCAUUUUUGUCCCCCCCAGUUUUAUCAUUGGAAUGUGAUACGAACGAGGCAACGGUAUACUUUAGGACCAUGCGGACGCCUCCGAGCGGUCGGGUAGGCUGUUUGGAGUGUUUAUCCUCCCCACAUCUAAAACCAAAGUUGCGCCCCUGGUGUAGGGUAUAUCCAUUUGAAUUCAAUCACUUUUUGACAGCACCCCUUUUGAUUUGAACGAAACCUUCCAUACAUAUUUGGCCAUUGUAUAAGUGCUCAGAAAGUGACUUUUUGGACCUGAAUGCCCAAACAUUCAGGAGAUAGAGCUGCUCAAAGUUGACCCAUUUUGCUUACCCCACCAUCAAAUCAAAUCACAUUUUAUUUGUCUCCUGCGCCGAAUACAACAGGUGUAGACCUUACAGUGAAAUGCUUACAAGCCCUUAACCAACAAUGCAGUUUUAAGAAACAUAAGUGUUAAGUAAAAAAUUGAUAAAUAAAAAACAAAUAAUUAAAGAGCAGCAGUAAAAUAACAGUAGCGAGGCUACAUACAGGGGGUACCGGUACAGAGUCAAUGGGCGGGGGCACAGGUUAGUCGAGGUAAUUGAGGUAAUACAGUUGAAGUCGGAAGUUUACAUACACCUUAGCCAAAUAGAUGUUGCCACCCCCGUGCUUCAUGGUUGGGAUGGUGUUCUUCGGCUUGCAAGCAUUCCCCUUUUUCCUCCAAACAUAACAAUGGUCAUUAUGGCCAAACAGUUCUAUUUUUGUUUCAUCAGACUAGAGGACAUUUCUCCAAAAAGUACAAUCUUCGUCCCCAUUUGCAGUUGUAAACCGUAGUCUGGCUUUUUUAUGGCGGUUUUGGAGCAGUGGCUUCUUCCUUGCUGAGCGGCCUUUCAGGUUAUGUCGUUAUAGGAAUUGUUUUACUGUGGAUAUAGAUACUUUUGUACCUGUUUCCUCCAGCAUCAUCACAAGGUCCUUUGCUGUUGGGAUUUAUUUGCACUUUUUGCACCAAAGUACGUGCAUCUCUAGGAGACAGAACGCGUCUCCUUCCUGAGCGGUAUGACGCCUGCGUGGUCCCUUGGUGUUUAUACUUGCGUACUAUUGUUUGUACAGAUGAACGUGGUACCUUCAGGCGUUUGGAAAUUGCUCCCAAGGAUGAACCAGACCAGUGGUCUACAAUUUUUUUCUGAGGUCUGGGCUGAUUUCUUUAGAUUUUCCCAUGAUGUCAAUUAAAGAGGCACUGAGUUUGAAGGUAGGCCUUGAAAUACAUCCACAGGUACACCUCCAAUUGACUCAAAUUAUGUCAAUUAGCCUAUCAGAAGCUUCUAAAGCCAUAACAUCAUUUUCUGGAAUUUUCCAAGCUGUUUAAAGGCUCAGUCAACUUAGUGUAUGUAAACUUCUGACCCACUGGAAUUGUGAUACAGUGAAUUAUAAGUGAAAUAAUCUGUCUGUAAACAAUUGUUGGAAAAAUUACUUGUGUCAUGCACAAAGUAGAUGUCCUAACCGACUUGCCAAAACUAUAGUUUUGUUAACAAGACAUUUGUGGAGUGGUUGAAAAACAAGUUUUAAUGACUCCAACCUAAGUGUAUGUAAACUUGCGACUUCAACUGUAUGUACAUGUAGGUAGAGUUAAAGUGACUAUGCAUAGAUAAUAAACAGAGAGUUACGACAAUGCAAAUAGUCCAGGUAGCCAUUUGAUUAGCUGUUCAGGAGUCUAAUGGCCAUCCUCUCAGGGCACAAUGUAUGAAUUCAUAGUUGGAUCAAAAUCGCCGUUAUAAUCAUUGGCCAGUACGGAGAAUUAAGUAAAACCACAAGUCCAAAUCCCUUGUCCAUCCAUGGCUAAUUUAGGAAAGGGCCCAUUUUAGCUAGCUAGCAAGCCACUGGAGGACAACAACACAACAAUUCAAGUUUUGUCUGUCAAUGACGUUUUGCUCUCGAUGUGAUGUGAUUGGAAUGAAUCAAAUCCAAACUGGCUUCCCUUGACACUUUUUUUGGUGCGCCAGGACCAUUCACAGUUGAGCUCACUCAGUUUAGCUCAACGCUGAUUGGCUAUUAUUUUAUACAUUUUUUUUUUUCAAGGGAGGCCAAAUGCUCGCUGGCUUCCCUUGCAUUCAAUGCUACGGGAGGCAACAAAGUCAUACUCUUUAUGACCAGACAGCGUCAGGUAGAUGGCCUACACAUACAGAGACAGAAGGGUGCUGUUUCGCUCGCUCUUAUGCUUUCUCCUGUGAGAUUCAUUUAGCCUUUUGUGAAUUGAAGGAAAGUUAUGAAACACAGAGAGACGAAAAUACGUUAUUUAAUGUUUUUUUAUUGGUAAAUUUUUUGGCGAAGCCUAGCUUACUUCCCUUGGCCUCAAUGAAUACACACCACUGGAUUCUACAAGCCUCUCGUUCACCAUAGAAGGCAGCAGGCAGGACCCCUACUGGUGAAUGAUGAACUGAAAACUCAAAAGAGUCAUCAUGAUUCUACAAGCCUCUCGUUCACAUGUCGCUCACCAUAGGGGGCUUAUUGAAGCUGUCAUUUGUGACUGACUUGUAAACUUGUGCUUUAAACAAUGUACAUUUGUUAAUUGCUAGGCUUGCAAAUACGAUUAUUUCUUGAUACAUUUUAAAUGAGGUCUAGUUGUGGCCGCAACCGGACUAGAUUGUGAACGACUCUUGGCAGAAUGCGUUGCUUGACUGCCGUCCGUGAGGGUGAUAAGCAGACAAUGUCAUUCGCGAACUGCAGCCCCCCAAACGAUUCGUGUUCGAGUUUGUUGAGCAGAGGCUGUGAAUGUUUUGGUUCUACAAAGCUGUGUCCAUAAUAUUCAAUAAUUAAUUAAUUGCAAUCAUUCUUGCACCAUGCGAUCAAUUAUGAGUUCUGAACAUGUAUUUUUCUUCUAUGCUCACAAUCUAUUUCCCUGCGCGCAUAUGACAGACAGGUGGUGGUUGGAGUAUGUCUCUGGAGCCGCUGAGCUGGAGGAGUGUCUAUUAAUCCUGCUGUAAGACUCACUGCAGUUAGCACUAGCAGGUCAAACAACUAAAAUGAACGAGUCACUCAGAAAAAUAAAUCAUGAGUCUUGAGUUAAUAAAAAGAGUCGUUCAGAAAGAAAGAACCGUUCGUAAACUAAACAUAACUAAUGACCAUUUAAAUUGAUAUUCGACGGUGGUCUUUGUGGUAGUUAUUAUAAGUUAAAGCUCCAAUUUGUAACUUUGUUGGCGACCCGACCAAAUUAGCAUAGAAAUGUGAGUUAUGGAUCUAUACUUCUCAUUGAAAGCAAGUCUAAGAAGCGGUAGAAAUGUUCUAUGUGUGCUAUUUCUAUGCUUCCCGUUCUUACCUUUAGUUUCUGCAUCUUUACUUUUGGUUUUGUAGCUGAAAAUACAACAUUUUUGGUUAUUGAAAAUAUAUUUCACAGCAGUUUAGAUGGUACAAUGAUUCUCUACAUUCUACAUUGGUCACAAAGCGGAGCAAUUUCUUUACAUUGCACCUUAAACAUGUCAAUUCAAUUGAAAUGUCAAUGGUGUAUAGGCUAAAUUGCAGUGGUUCGAAGGGAUAGUUCCAUUCUAUUAAUUAUAUUUCUAUGAUUGAAAUGACACCCACCCUGUAUUCAAGAGCAUGUUGUAUCUCAGCCUAUGACAGGAACAACAGAUUAUGUGAAAUAGGGUCUCAGCUACAACAUACGCAAAUAUUUAAAAAAUCUGUUUUUAAAUAAUUGACAUUAAAGGUUUAAAAAAACAGAAAUACAAUUGUUUGACAAGCUUUUAAAUGAUAUCAAACACAACCGUUUCUCUUUUCCAGUGAUGAAGACAUGGAUUUCUCAUGGUAUGGUGGGGUAGGCAAAAUGGGUCAACUUUGGGCACCUUUAUCUCCUGAAUGUUUUGGCAUUCAGGUCCAAAAAGUAACUUUCUGACCACUUCUUCCAUGGGAAAACAUGCAUGGAAAGGGAUCAAAAGGGAUGCUGUCAAAAAGGGAUUGAAUUCAAAUGGAUUUAUCCUGUAAUGUUCAAGUCAACCACAGAUGCACAGUGCUCCUCAGGGAACAGUAUAUAGCUGCUUUCUUUUCACAGUUUGUUUACUGUCGAUCCUUCAGACGCAUGGAUCCUAAACAUGUAUUAUUUAUACGGCUGUGUAGUAGUAGGCACAGCCUGUGCCAACGAGUGUCUGAGGUGCCAGCUUUUCUUAAUUCAGGAGAGUGAUCUGAAAACGUCAGUCCCUGUUAGUCUCUCCAGGGUCUUCAGGAACUCUAGCCGAGCGUUAAUAAUGAGCAUCUACCAACUGUUACUCUGACAUUACAUAUUCUUGCUUGAUGUCUCUGUUCUACCUGAGUCGGAUAAUGUAGUGCUUCUGGGAAUAAUCAUCUUCCCAAUCAUCUUCCUCAGUCAUUUUCUCCUUCCUGUCCAGGGGCUUUAUGCAGCAGAGUAGGAUGUGCAUUGUGGAGUCAAGAGGUCAAAGUGUCAUUGCGAUUUAAUUACACAUGACACCAGCCUUGAUCCUAUUGAUGACACUAUGCUGCUUUUUUGUGGCAUGUAGCCUAUACAUAGUUGUGUACAGGAAACCCCAAAGUGCCUGGGGACUGGAGACAAAGGCACAGAGUCACGUCCUCUGUCAUCGCAAUCACUCGAACCAACAAAAGAGACACCAGACAGUCACACCAACCACCCCGAGCCCGGUCGAAUAAAACGUGACAGUGCUGUGUCAAGUCCCCUAGUAGAAUCACAGAUUGUAGGGGAUGGUGGUAUUGUAGCUUGGAGAAUGCUCCCUUGCUCCCUUGCUCCCUUGCUCCCUUGGCCUACAGACAAGUGUGUGCACUCAAGCAGUACGGAACAGCCACAUCAGCCAUCACCCCUGCCCCCUCUUCAUCAUCUUUACCCCGGGCUGAAAGGAGAUGA